CCUCACGUCUUAGAUGCGCCGCUCCUACUCCCUUCUCUUCAGCUUGUCGUCAAGAUGGAGUUCCUUCCGAGCCUCCAACACGGGAUAGACGACCUCAAGCCCUCCCUCUUCGAGCUCCUCUCCGAACAGCAACUCGCGUCUCUCCUCCCUCCGUCCCUCCGUUACCUCCUCGCCAUUUCCACACAUCGCUACCCGCGCUACCUGCUACCCGUACUCAAUUCCUUCGAUGAAGCCUACGCUUUGCUUACGCUGCUCGUCGAGCGGCAUUUCCUUCGGACAUAUGGCGGCUCCUUUACCGAGAACUUCUACGGACUGAAGCGCGCAAGAGUGCUGAGAGUAAAAGGAGGAGAGAUCCCGCGCGCACAAUUAGGGGCAAGCGAUAGCGUAAGAGACGUUGUAAAACUAGGAGAAGGCGACAUCUGGCGCAACUUGGCGGUGUUGGUGGGCCUGCCAUGGCUGAAGAGGAAGCUGGACGAGAGCUACGACAUCCACGCCGCACAUUCCAACAUCCUAGGUCCUGGAUACAAUCGAGAUAGAGAGGGACUAAGAGCAGGAGCAAGCAUAAAAGAGAGGUUAAUGUUUUACUACAAGUGGUUUCUGCGGCACAUAUACCCGAGCGUGAACGCGGCGUACUAUUUCUCGCUGCUUGUUUUCAAUAUGGCAUACCUGUUCGACGGAUCGAAAUAUCAUUCGCCGUUCCUUUGGAUGAUUGGUACGCGGAUACGGAGGUUAGGGGAGGCGGACUACAAAGCGAUCGAGCUCGCGACACAGCCGACGAAGGUUGGACCGGCGAGACCCGGAGAAGGAGGAUCAAUAUUGAGCCCGAGGAACAUCGCGCGGACCGUCAAGCCCCGUUUAUUGACCUCGCUAAGGAUACUACUUCCCACUAGUAUCUUUGCGCUCAAGUUCCUAGAGUGGUGGUAUGCCUCCGACUUCGCGCGGCAACUAUCGCGGAAAGCGGCCGAGAACAUCGAACUACCGCCUCCCAUCCUCCCGAGCCUUCCGCCCUCCUCGAAGAAAGCUCUUCCCGCCCAGCAGUCAGCCGAAAAGCGUCCUUCAUCGUCCUCGUCAGAGAAACCGAAGCGAAUUGACCCUCCGAUCUCCUCCACAACAUUACUACCUAUUUUCACCGUUCCUAUACCUCCGGACUCGCAUCUAUGCCCGAUAUGCGUAACUCCAAUCACAACACCAACAGCGGCGCCGACCGGCUUCGUAUACUGCUAUAAAUGCAUCCAUCACUGGGUAGAGGGCACGCAUGACCGGCAAAUCGCUUUCAUGGAGGGUGCUGCAGGAUUCAAGAGUGAGGACGGCGAGGAGGAUGAGGGCUGGGGCAAGGAAGAAGGAAGCCGAGAAGGCCAUUGGGAAAGCGGGAAAGGAAGAGAUGCCGUCACAGGGAGGAGAGUGCUAGGUGGCACUGAAGCACUAAGAAGAGUUGUAGUAUAGACGUCAAACAAUAUCAUAAGCGUCGGCGCC